AACGAUUGACGCUACUAUUUCCCGUUCGGCGGUUUCAAUCUCGCCACCUGUAAUUCUCUUUGCGCCGCUGUACUUUUGACCUAGGGCAAUACAGUCAUUUCAUAUCAAAAGUUUAAAACCCCCGCGCUGCAAUUCCCACCUCCGCCGGACCACCGCCGUGGUGAGAACAUGGAUUACAAGCAGAGGUUAGUCGCGGCCGCGAAGUGCGUUUACGACGGAGACUCACGCGCCGCCGAAGAAACUCGUGUGGAUACCUCCGAUUUGGAGAUCACGGCGGCGCUCAAACCUCAUCAAAUCGAAGGUGUCUCGUGGCUCAUUCGACGGUACCACCUUGGAGUCAACGUCGUUCUCGGGGACGAGAUGGGACUAGGGAAGACUUUGCAGGCUAUCUGUCUUUUGAAUUAUCUGAAAGUAUGUCGGAAGUCUCUUGGACCAUUCCUGGUGUUAUGUCCUCUUAGUGUGACCGACGGUUGGGUGUCUGAAGUGGCCAAUUUUGCUCCAAAAUUGAGAUUGCUUCGUUAUGUUGGAGAAAAAGAACAUAGGCGUAAAUUGCGUCAGGAAAUGCAUGAUUAUGUUAAAGAGUUGUCGGCAUCAUCGCAUGUCCCGACAUUUUCAUUUGAUGUGCUAUUGACGACUUAUGACAUAGCAAUGAUUGAUCAGGACUUUCUCUCCCAGUUCACUUGGCAUUAUACAAUAAUUGACGAAGCACAGAGACUCAAAAACCCCUCCAGUGUUUUAUAUACUGUUCUAAGAGAGCGAUUUGUCAUGCCAAGAAAAUUGCUUAUGACGGGAACACCUAUUCAAAACAAUCUUACUGAACUUUGGGCUUUGAUGCACUUCUGCAUGCCUUUAAUCUUUGGAACGCUGGAGCAGUUUCUUUCUCAUUUCAAAGAAGCUGGAGACCCUUCAUGUCAGGAUGGAGAAAAAGUGAAGGAGCAAUUUAAGGUCUUAAAAUAUGUGCUGGGAGCACUCAUGCUUCGAAGGACCAAAUCCAAACUUAUCGAGGCUGGAACACUCCAAUUGCCACCUGUUACUGAAAUAACUGUGAUGGCACCUUUGUCUGCGCUACAGAAGAAGGUUUAUAUGUCGAUAUUGAGAAAAGAACUUCCAAAGCUGCUUGCACUUGCUUCUGGAGCUUCUAAUGCUCAAUCACUGCAAAAUACUGUAAUUCAGCUUCGGAAAGCAUGUAGUCACCCAUACCUUUUCCCGGGUAUUGAGCCUGAACCAUUUGAGGAGGGUGAGCACCUGGUUCAGGCUAGUGGUAAACUUCUAAUUUUGGACCAGCUACUUCAGAAGCUGCAUGCCGGUGGGCAUCGCAUUCUAUUGUUUGCCCAGAUGACUCAUACACUUGACAUAUUACAGGACUUUUUAGAAAUGAGGAAAUAUACAUAUGAGCGACUUGAUGGUUCAAUUCGAGCAGAAGAGCGUUUUGCUGCAAUCAGAAGUUUCAGCCAAAAAUCUGUGCCUAGAAGUGCUAGUGAUGAUGCUUGUUCGAGUAGUCCGUUUGUCUUUUUGAUUUCCACACGAGCUGGGGGAGUGGGAUUAAAUCUUGUGGCUGCUGAUACUGUCAUAUUUUACGAGCAAGAUUGGAAUCCUCAAGUGGAUAAGCAGGCUCUGCAGCGUGCACACAGGAUUGGCCAAGUCAAUCAUGUGUUGUGUGUCAACUUGGUUACUGGACGUACAAUUGAGGAGGUUAUUAUCCGUAGAGCACAAAGGAAAUUACAGCUGAGUCAUAAUGUUAUAGGAGAUGAUAUUUCAGAUCAUGAGGGAAGUAAUGUUGGAGGAACUGAAGCUGUUGAUUUGAAAUCUGUCAUAUUCGGGUUGCAUGUUUUUGAUAUGAAAAUGGAAAAAUCAGACAAUCAACUAGAUAUAGCCGAACUUUCUGGUUUGGCUGAAAAGGUUGUUGCAUCCCGAAAUGAGUUACAACCAGAUGUGGGUGACAGAAACAUUCAGACCAAUCAAUUGGAUCUGGUCUAUAGUAAAGAUCUAGUCAUCCAAGAGGGUUCUAAGGUUAUCGAUUUUAAUCCUGGUCUUGACGAGGCUUCAUAUGUGUCGUGGAUUGAGAACUUCAAGCAAUCCUUACCAGCAGAUGAUAGUAAUGAACUGGAAGUAGGACAUAGGAGAUCUCAACCUGAUGAGAAGCACCUUAAAGCCGAAGCUGCUCGUAAGAAGGCAGAGGAGAAAAAAUUAUCUAAAUGGGAAGCUCUUGGAUAUCGUUCAUUAUCUGUCAGCAAUCCUCUUGGCCCAGUCAAUCAGGAUGUGAUGUCAGAUACCGGCUCAGUUCAUUUAGUUUAUGGGGACUGCACUAAUCCUGCAGCAGUUUCUCCUUCGGAUCCUACUAUUAUAUUCAGCUGUGUUGAUAAUUCUGGAAACUGGGGUCAUGGGGGUCUGUUUGAUGCACUAGCUAGGCUCUCAGACACAGUUCCCGACGCUUAUCAGCGAGCAUCAGAAUUUGGAGAUCUCCAUCUGGGUGAUCUACAUCUUAUAGAAAUAACUGCAGAGGAUCAUGGUGACCUGAGUACUCAAACUACUACCCCUCAGUGGGUUGCUUUAGCUGUUGUACAGUCAUAUAAUCCCAGGCGUAAAGUCCCUCGUAGUGGCAUCUCUAUUGCUGAUUUGGAAGUUUGCCUUGCAAAAGCAUCAUUUUCAGCUGCUCAACAUUCUGCUUCAAUCCACAUGCCAAGGAUUAAUUAUCAAGGGGGUACGGAUCGUUCAGAAUGGUAUACUGUUGAACGCCUUCUACGAAAAUAUGCCGCUAUGUAUGGCAUCAAUAUUUACGUAUAUUAUUAUCGCCGUGCUGCAUGAGGCGUCCAAAGUUACGGUAAUAUCCAUCGCCCACUGUUUGUUAGCUAACUGGUAACUACUAUGUAUAUAUGUGUGUGUGUGUGUGUGUGUGUGUGUGUGUGUGUGUGUGUGUGUGUGUGUGUGUGUGUGUGUGUGAAUACUUUGAAGGUUUUUUAUUUUGUUAUUACUUAUUAGCUUGUUAGAAGCAUUCGACCACCUAUUA